AGAAGGAGGGGAAGGGAGGGGGGAUCGGUGUGUACUUUGGAGAGUAGACGGCGGUGGGGCACGAAGAGCGCGAAGGCCAGCCGGGUGAACUCUGCUCUGGGCCUAGAGCCAGCGAAGAGGAUUCAGAACCGAGUCAGCACUCCUUGCGAGUAGGGGUCCGGCUGCUGAGACGCAGAGGUCCUCUGGGGGCAAAGCCCCGGCCUAGGCCCCGCGGAGAUGUCCAGCUGUGGCGCUUGUACUUGCGGCGCUGCGGCCGCUCGGCUCAUCACCUCUUCAUUCGCGUCCGCCCAGAGAGGUAUUUCUUGUGGCCGUAUUCAUAUACCAGUUUUAGGAAGGCUUGGGACCUUUGAAACCCAGAUUCUGCGAAGAGCUCCUCUUAGAACCUUUACAGAAACACCAGCAUACUUUGCCGCAAAAGAUGGGAUGAGUAAAGAUGGUUCUGGUGAUGGAAAUAAUAAGAAAUCAGUGAGUGAGGGAAGCAGUAAGAAAUCAGGCUCUGGGAAUUCUGGGAAAGGUGGGAACCAGCUGCGCUGUCCUAAAUGUGGUGACUUGUGCACGCAUGUAGAGACCUUCGUAUCAUCCACCCGUUUUGUCAAGUGUGAAAAAUGUCAUCAUUUUUUUGUUGUGCUAUCUGAAGCAGACUCAAAGAAAAGCAUAAUUAAAGAACCUGAAUCAGCAGCAGAAGCUGUAAAAUUGGCAUUCCAACAGAAACCACCUCCUCCCCCCAAGAAGAUUUACAACUACCUCGACAAGUAUGUCGUUGGCCAGUCAUUUGCUAAGAAGGUGCUUUCAGUUGCUGUGUAUAAUCAUUAUAAGAGAAUAUAUAAUAAUAUCCCAGCUAAUCUGAGACAGCAAGCAGAAGUUGAGAAGCAGACAUCAUUAACACCUAGAGAGUUAGAAAUAAGAAGACGGGAGGAUGAGUACAGAUUUACAAAAUUGCUUCAGAUUGCUGGGAUUAGCCCACAUGGCAAUGCUUUAGGAGCAUCAAUGCAGCAACAAGUAAAUCAACAAAUACCUCAGGAAAAACGAGGAGGUGAAGUAUUGGAUUCUUCUCAUGAUGACAUAAAACUUGAAAAAAGUAAUAUUUUGCUGCUUGGACCAACUGGGUCAGGUAAAACCCUGCUGGCACAAACUUUAGCUAAAUGCCUUGAUGUCCCUUUUGCUAUCUGUGACUGUACAACUCUGACUCAGGCUGGAUAUGUAGGUGAAGAUAUUGAAUCUGUGAUUGCCAAACUGCUUCAAGAUGCCAAUUAUAAUGUAGAAAAGGCACAACAAGGAAUUGUCUUUCUGGAUGAAGUAGAUAAGAUUGGCAGUGUGCCAGGCAUUCAUCAAUUACGGGAUGUAGGUGGAGAAGGCGUUCAGCAAGGUUUAUUAAAACUGCUAGAAGGCACAAUAGUCAAUGUUCCAGAAAAGAAUUCCCGAAAGCUGCGUGGAGAAACAGUACAAGUUGAUACAACAAUAAAUCCUGUUUGUUUCACAAAUAUCUGGAUGCAUCUGGUGCUUUCAAAUGGCUUAGACAGAUCAUAUAGUUUUAUAGCAGUGAGGAAAAAUGAAAACGAAAGUUAUCUUGGAUUUGGAACACCUUCUAAUCUGGGAAAAGGCAGAAGGGCUGCAGCUGCUGCAGACCUUGCUAAUCGAAGUGGAGAAUCAAAUACUCACCAAGACAUUGAAGAAAAAGAUCGGUUAUUACGUCACGUGGAAGCCAGAGAUCUCAUUGAAUUUGGCAUGAUUCCUGAGUUUGUGGGACGGUUGCCUGUGGUAGUUCCUUUGCAUAGCCUAGAUGAGAAAACACUUGUACAAAUACUGACUGAGCCACGUAAUGCUGUUAUUCCUCAGUACCAGGCCUUAUUCAGCAUGGAUAAGUGUGAACUGAAUGUUACUGAGGAUGCUUUGAAAGCUAUAGCCAGAUUGGCACUAGAACGAAAAACAGGUGCACGAGGCCUUAGGUCCAUAAUGGAAAAGCUGUUACUAGAACCAAUGUUUGAAGUCCCUAAUUCUGAUAUUGUUUGUGUGGAGGUAGACAAAGAAGUAGUAGAAGGAAAAAAGGAACCAGGAUAUGUUCGGGCUCCAACAAAAGAAUCCUCCGAAGAGGAAUAUGACUCGGGUGUCGAAGAAGAAGGAUGGCCUCGUCAGGCAGAUGCUGCAAACAGCUAAACCGUCAGAUUCCUGUCCUGUAUAUAAAGCUUUUCCUUCUUUUGUUUAGGAUCAUAACUGUCUCUACAGUCUGAUAUUAAAGGCAUUGGAUCUAUCUUGGCUAUCAUACAUGGUCAGAGAAGCCUUUAGGAUAAGAAUCAGAUCAUGUAUAUUAUUGUAACAUCACAUUGAUUUAUACAGAGGACAUUAUGUGGACUUUAAUGAUACAAUGUUUAGAGAUAAAUGUACAUUAUUUUGGUUCCGUUUUUAAAAAAUAUGCUUUAACAAAAUUCUUAGGAAUUCUUUUAAGCAAUGCAGGUAGUGCAAUAACUGUGGAUUUUACAAUAAUGUUACUCUACAAAUGGGAAAAUAAAUUCUUUAAAAUUAAAUGUUGA